UAAAGAGAAGAGCCAGUCGGUUCCUAGGAGCAGACCACCGAGUCCACUCUGCCUGAAAACAAGCCAGUCGUAGUGGAUGUGUCUCUUUCCCGUCACAUUCCUGUUUAACCACCAUGUCCAAAGCCACUUUUCAGACAGAAUGGGAGGAAAUCGAAAAGGAAUAUCAACAAUUACAGGAAACCCAUAAAAUAUACAGACACAAACUAGAAGAGCUCACCAAUCUUCAGGUGACGUGCAGCAGCUCCAUCAGCAAACAAAGAAAAUGCCUGAAAGACCUGAGGCAUAGUUUGAAAAAGUGUGCGCCGACAUGUGAUGAAAAUCAGCUGAAACUAAUUACAGAAAUCAAAUCGCAGAUCAAAGAGAAAGAGAAUGUUUUCUUUGAUAUGGAAGCCUAUUUGCCAAAGAAAAAUGGUCUGUACCUGAGUUUGGUUCUGGGAAAUGUGAACGUGACGCUUCUCAGUAAUCAGGCAAAAUUUGCCUACAAAGAUGAGUAUGAGAAGUUUAAGCUUUACAUGACGAUAAUCCUGAUGUUUGGUGCCAUAACCUGCCUCUUUUUUCUUAACUAUCGAGUCACAGAUGAGAUCUUCAACUUUUUGCUGGUGUGGUACUACUGCACUUUGACAAUAAGGGAAAGCAUUCUCAUCAGCAAUGGCUCCAGGAUCAAAGGCUGGUGGGUGUUGCACCAUUAUGUCUCCACUUUUCUAUCAGGUGUUAUGCUUACCUGGCCUGAGGGACAAAUGUAUCAGAUGUUUCGAAGCCAGUUCCUUGCCUUCUCCAUUUAUCAGAGCUUUGUUCAGUUCCUCCAGUAUUACUACCAGAGCGGCUGCUUAUACAGGCUGCGCGCCUUGGGAGAGAGAAACCAGCUUGACCUCACAGUGGAGGGAUUUCAGUCGUGGAUGUGGAGAGGACUCACUUUCCUUUUGCCUUUUCUGUUCUUUGGCCACUUUUGGCAGCUGUACAACUCUUUGACCCUGUUUCGUUUGGCAAGACAUGACGACUGUAGGGAAUGGCAGGUAUUUAUGCUUGCACUGACCUUCCUAGUCCUCUUCCUGGGAAACUUUCUCACAACGUUAAAAGUCGUCCAUCAAAAAGUUCAAAAGAAGGAGAAAGACAUUUAAGUAAAGGGACUGAGAGGAAAAAUAAAUCCAGUAAUCAUGAGUCAAACACGCACAAUCACUAAACCGACCGACCCAUAACCAACGACUGAGAGUGGAAGAGCAGAAGCUGAUCUCUGACGGCAGCAUCAGCAGCUCAAAGCAUCCAGCUGGAAGGUUCUUACUUUCCAGUACCUUAAUGUUGCUGUAAAACGGUGCAGAUGACCACCUAACAGGACACCACUAUCUGUUCAUAGUAGAAAUGAUGCGUUUCUGUGGAUUUGUGCAUGAAUUUCAGAGCAUCUCUGCUCAAAUUAUUAUGCAAGGACACGUAAUAGAAGAGAACAUCUUUCAUCACCUGAACGUGAGACACCUGCAUACUUCUGUGAAGUAGUGAUGGUUAAAGUGCUGAAGGCUCAUAUAUUCUUUUUUUUAUGUUUAAACUUACCAU